ACAACUAUCUUGCUAAGUAGUAAACGACAGAGAUAUUCAAACGCAUUACGAGUGCCCGAUUCCUUUGACGCCACCAACAACACUACAUCACCAGCAUUGUCGUCAUCUUCAUCACUCACAUCAGUCAGUCAUGGCAGUCUCAACAGAUCAACCGCCUGCGAAUCCCAUGUUCGCUACUUCGAACUCAUCGCGCCCAACGACCGCCGAGAAGGCGAACCCUAGCCUACCAGUAGAACCAUCACAGAAAUCAUCAUCACGACCACCAAGCUUUGUCCCGUCGCGUAAAUCGGUUUCGACUUCGCCAAUUGACGGCCCCCGCUUUUCAACAAGCGACAAUGCCGUCGCCGCGCUGGACUUUCAGGGCUCUGUUGACAGCAACAACGACCUACCAAGCUUGGCCACCAUAAAGAAGAUCGAAAACUACCAUGUCCUCGAUCGCGACGGCAAGUCGCACACCUUCCGGAGUCUCUAUACUGGCAAGCACGUUGCCCGGCGAGUCCUCAUCAUCUUUGUCCGCCACUUCUUCUGUGGUCAAUGCCAAGAAUACCUUCGCACCCUCUCUGCCUCCAUAACCCCCGACGCCCUCCUCCGGCUUCCACUCUCGACCUUCAUCGCUGUUGUUGGCUGCGGUAACCCACAGCUCAUCGACAUGUACGCCCAAGCAACCAACUGCCCAUUCCCCAUCUACGCCGAUCCCACCCGCAAGCUAUACCAGGAGCUCGGCAUGGUUCGCACCCUCGCGCUGGGCGAGAAGCCCGCCUACGUAACCAAGCACCUGAUCAAAUCUUCAUUUGAUUCGAUCAUCACAGGCAUCAAACAGAUCCCCAAGGGGCUGGCCAACAAAGCGGGAGACUUCAAGCAGAUUGGCGGCGAGUUCUUGUUCGAACCGGUGGAUAUUCAGAGUCCCGUUAACGCCGUACAAUGGGAGGAUAUGGAAAGGACACUUGAAAGGGCAACAAGGGAGAACAAUGAAGCGGCUGCUGCUGCUGCUGCUGCUGCUGCCGAGAGGAAGAGGGACAGUUCCGGCUCAAGGCUGGAACCAGACUCUGACGACAAAGAGACCGGUCUAGGUAGUGACAGCAAGGGGACAAUAACAAAGGACAAGAAGAUCUUUGGCGGCCAAGGACACAGGCCGUCGGAAGCCAGCAUCGAUGGCAAGAACGAAGAAGACGAAGGCGAGGAGAAAAAAGUGACAUGGUGUCACCGUAUGAAGACAACGAGGGACCAUGUCGAGAUCCCCGAGCUUAUGGAGGUGCUGGGGCUUGAUGGGCAAGGGGAGCCCAUCAAGGACUCCAGGAGGUGGUCCAAGGCGCUGGAAACAAGAAAGGGAACUGGGUUUAGCAUGGCGCGUAGGAUGAACACUAUGAAGGCAGAGGCAGGAGCGUAGGAAGGCCUUAUGUGCUCGCCGUUUGGACGAAAAAGAAGUAAAAGGAAGACGAGGGAGGGUUUGCUAUCAUUGGGGAUGACAGGACCAUGAUGACGGGAAAGGAGUUGAUUGGUAUAGGAAUCUCAGAAAGGCAUGAGAAAGGAGAGCAAGCGGGUGAAGACCUAGUUGACUUGGCAUGGUGCAUGUUGUUUUUUAUUGUUUUCUUUGCUCAACUAUUCCCACACGGCAUGGCGGCUUGUUUUAUGUUCGCUUUUGUUUACAAGCAUGAUAUUUGAAUCAGAUUGAUACCACCCCGUUUAGGUUCA